CAGAAAGUUGUCAAAAAUGAAUCCUAAUCGUCCCGACAGGAAUUCUUGCACCAUUUCAAGAACCAACAGCCAAACUUACUUCUUCGACGAUCCGUCGGGUGUGGACUUGAGCCCCAUCUUCGACAGUGAUUUGUUUCCAGUGGAGUCGCCUGUGAACUUCCCUGAUGCCAGCGCUCUUUUUGCGUCUAACAGUAACCAAUCCAGCUUGAAUGAGCUUCAAAAUAAUUCGGCUGGAAUUGUGGCUUUGCCCUCCAGGAUAUAUGUCAGUGAUACAGGAACAUGGACUGAUGUUAACAAAAGCUACCAAACACUCCCCGAACGCCACGACUCUGACGAGGAAUACCAAUCAACGGCCAAUGAAGCAUCCUUGGGAUCGGCCCCGGAGGCAGCAUCGGAAGGCAUUGAAAAGGCUGUCGCGGACACGGGUGACUUAACUACCGAGCCGAUGGCCUUCCUGCAAGGAUUGAAUUCCGGAAACCUCAUGCAGUUCAGUCAGCAAUCUGUGCUGCGCGAGAUGAUUCUGCAGGACAUCCAGGCUCAGGUCAGCACUCUCCCAAAAAUAGAGAAACACAACACUGGUGGCUACAACUUCAGCUUUGACUUGGUAGAGCCACCCAAGUCGGAUUGGACCGUCUCUAAAACGCUGAAUAAACUAUACAUCCGAAUGAACAAGGUUUUCAACGUAGAUAUACAAUUUAAAGCUAGGAUGCCCAUUCAGCCGCUGAAUCUGCGCGUUUUUCUUUGUUUUGUCAAAGAUGUCAGUGGCCCAGUGCUGCGUUGCCAGAAUCACCUCAGUGUAGAGCCACUUACAGAUCACAAUGAGAAAGAGCGGGAAAACCUACUGCGGUGCUUGAAUCCCAAUACCAUUUAUUGUGGAACAGCUCAGGGCAAAGGUAUUUCCGAACGCUAUUCCGUUCUAGUUCCUUUGAAUGUGUCCCGGUCAGGGAGUCGAAGUGGCGGAUACGUGCGUCAGACCCUAGCAUUUAAUUUUGUAUGUCAAAAUUCAUGUUUUGGUCGAAAGGAGAGCUGCUUGGUCUUUUGUUUGGAGAAUGCGAGUGGUGAUAUUGUUGGACAGGACUAUUUAAAUGUUAAAGUCUGUACGUGCCCGAAACGCGACCACAAACAGGAAGAACGCCAAAAAGGUGCGUUGAAGCGCAAAAUUCAUGAAAGCGAUACUGAGGAGGAUGAUACGGAGGACCAUCCGCCCAAGUCGCGCCGGCUCGCUGAGUCGAUGCACAUCAAGGAGGAGACCGCAAGUAAUGACAGCUAUAAUGCCACCCACCGAGGACUGCCUCAAAAUUGGGAUGUGUCUCAAACCGAUAAUGGAAAAUACCAGCUGUCCAUUACCGUUCCCAACAAGGAGUGGCUCCUGGACAGCAUCGAAGGCAUGGUCAAGGAGGCGGCCACUAAAGUGCUGCGCAGUCCGAACAAAGACCGUCUGCGCAGCUAUGCCCAAAGUCUUUUAAAACUAAAAAAACGUGCCUAUGAGUUGCCAUGACCCACUGAGAAGAGUUCAACACCUAAGCUUAAGAUCCA